AGGGCGAACAGUCAGUUGCAUAAAGCGUCAUUAGUUUAAAGUGACAUUACCCAUACAAAUCUGACAAUCAUUAGAGCUUAAAGACGCCAUUAAACCUUAAUGGACGUUUGUGCAAUAGUUUUCUAACAAUAGCAAUGUCCAGCCGCCGACCAGCAGGUCGGUAAGCGUAAUAAUACCGAGUCAAUGGCUCUUCGAUAUUGAGUUCUUUUUGACCCAGUUCUCGGUACACUCACAAAAUAACAAAUAAUCUGUGGUUAUUGCUUUUAAAGAAGACAUUAAACUAAUUAAAUAAUAUCUUAGGUAGAUAGUACAAUGGCCUAAUGUAAUUAAUUGACUGAUUGAUUCAUUCCCGUUUUAUAAUAUUAUAAAUGGGAUUAAGAUAUCUAAAAGGGUUAAAACCCUUCAAAAUAGAAUAAUAAGGAAAUAUAUACAUAUUUACAAACGAUCAUAUUUUGAUGGAAAGUGGCCUUAUAAAGUUAGUUGUCUGUUAUACAUAUAUAAUUAAUUCAUAUUGCUAAUGAUUUGGUUGUGACAUGGUGUUUGUAAACGUUGUUAUUUCUGUUAGAACUGGCGAAUUUCUUUCGCUCGUUCUUAUCAGGCAAAAGACUGAAUGAGUGUUAUCUACCUGAAAAAAUAUUUUUAUACAUUUCAGUGUUUGAUGGUGACUUGGUACAUUCCAUGUGAUUUUCACUUUUAUGUUAUCGCUGUGAUUGUGUUCGUGCUUUAUAAACGAUGCCGGAGAUUGGGUAAAGUCAUUUUCUAUGCUCUGGCUGCUGCCUCUCUUAUUAUACCAGGAGUUAUCAACUAUGUUAAUGGAUUUCACCCCAUACAACUCUUCACAUAUGAAUUCCUGUGGAAUAAGCAUAGCCAUAAACAGUUUUACAUGUUCUACAUAAAAAGUCACAACAGGGCAGCGGCUUACAUAGUUGGAUUUAUUGCAGGGUGUCUGUUCAAUAAAUAUAGACCAAUGGAAAAUUUCAAGCUUACACAGGCAAAGUCUUUGAUUUACGUCUUUGUAGGUUUUAUAGUGAUGGUACUCACAGCUUUCCUUGGAGUAUCAUACCAGCACAGGAACUAUUCACAGCUGGAGGGCACUCUAUACGUGAUGCUGAACAGGCCUGUUUGGGCAGUUGGUGUUGCAAUAAUUAUACUAACUUGCUGCUUUGGUAAAGUUCCACUGGUGAACAGUUUCUUAGAAUGGUAUCCAUGGGUGCCACUCAGCCGUUUAGCUUACGGAAUAUAUCUUGUCCACUACAUAAUCAUCAUAAGGAACGUUGGCAUUUCCAGACAGUCUUUGUACUAUGACAAUUUUAAUAUUGUAAGUUUUCAUUAAAACAAAUAUGAUUCAUUUUCUUUACUUUAUUUGUCUGCGUUCAAAUGAUGUGGUGUGACGUAUGUCAUUG